AUGCCAUCCCCGAGCUCAUCAUCCCCCACCAGCACGCAGCGGCCCCCAAUGAAACUCAGCAAUGCCUCGCGAUCGGCAAUCUACGAAACGUUGCUUGCAAGCAGCGUCAACGGACAGCUGUCGCAUGGGGCGCUUGAACACACAGCUCGAAUCUUUCAGUGUCAUGCAAAGACGAUAUCACGUGUGUGGGCCCGUGGGCGGCUCUCUCUCCGCGACGGCAGGACGGCGGCGGACGUGUCGUCAAAAUUCAAAGGAAAUUCAGGACAGAAACGUCGACGAUCCGACGACGUAAUCGAACAAGCAGUCAAGGCCGUGCCCCACUUCGCUCGGCAGACCAUGCGUUCUCUGGCUGCACAGAGUGGUGUCCCCAAGACCACGAUUAUUCGGCACAUGAAGAACGACAAAACUCUCAAGGCCAAGUCCAACUACUCGAAGGCCUACCUCACGGACGCCAACGCCGUCCAUCGCAUGCAAUACGCCAUGGCCUUUCUCAGUCCGUCGCCAAAUCGAUUCAUUUUUGACAGCAUGUACCAAACGGUACAUAAUGACGAAAAAUGGUUCUUUUUGACGACUGCCAAGAAGCGUGUUUACGUCUACGCGGAUGAGGAGGUUGCCUUGCGUGCGCUGAAGUCUAAGCGCUUCAUAACAAAGGUUAUGUUUUUAGCCGCAGUCGCCCGACCGCGGUUUGACCACAACAAGGGCAGCAUGUUCAGCGGGAAGAUCGGCGUUUGGCCCUUCGUGGAACAAGUCGUUGCCCAGCGAAAUAGUCGCAAUCGCCCCAAGGGAACUGUGCUGUUGGCGCCACAAGCCGUGACGGCUGAAGUGUAUCGCACAAUGAUUUUGGACAAGGCUGGAACCAAGAAGAACUUUACCGAUACCCAGCGACAGCACCUUCUCCAACACCUCCUCAAGAAGAAGAAUUCUGGCCGGAAGCUCAAAUAUAAGAGCCUCGCUGAACAGCUGCGAAAAGUACCAAAAGCAAGACGUACUACGCUCAAGUCCAUCUCGAAAGCAAUGGGACUACCUGCGUCCACGUUGCAUGACUACUACAAACGGGGUGUCUUCGCAAAGUACUCUAGCCACAUGAAGCCCUUGCUGACCCCCACGAACCAAGCCGCGCGUUUGAAGUGGGAUCUUGACUUCGUCCACAAGGACAAUGGGAGCUUGUCUUGGACGACGUCAUGGACUAUGUUCAUGUACAUGAGAAGUGGAUACCUUGCCCCAGGCGAGAAGCCACCACACUUGUCCUGCAAGUCGAAACAUUUCAUCCAGAAGGUGAUGUUCUUGUCUGCGGUGGCCCGCCCGCGCUGGAUCCUACAAGACAGUGCUGGUUCGAUGGCAAGAUCGGUACCUGGCACUUUACCACCCCGAAACCCCAAGACUGAGACCGCUAAGAACACGAGUCGAAACCGCCCAGCAGGCCCUCCUGUGAUGAACCCUGUCACCGUGACACGGGACGUUUACCGGCGCAUGCUCGUCGACAACGUCAUCCCUGCUAUUCGUGCCAAGUGGCCCUCUGCACCAACAACCGUGAAGAUCCAGCAGGAUAAUGCGAAGCCACACGUACUGGUUACCGGCCCCGUGGUUGAAGCUGCGUGCCGUCAAGACGGCUGGUCAAUGUCUGUCGUCUGUCAGCCGCCCAACUCCCCUGACGUCAAUGUCUUGGACCUUGGAUUCUUCCGGGAAAUCCAGUCCCUGCAAGCAGAGCAUCAUUCAAAGACGGUUGAAGACAUCGUCGUGGCCACCUUGAAGGCGUGGGACUUGGUUGAGCCGAGCACGUUGGGCCGCAACUUCUCUACGCUGCAGUCCUGCUGUCAGGAGAUCAUUCGUGUCGGUGGCAAUAACAACUACAAGAUACCGCACAUGCACAAGUCUAAGCUGAUGGUUCAAGGGAAGCUGAUGGUUCAAGGGAAGUUGCCCAACAUGCUGUUGUGUGACCGUGACGUUUGGUCCGAUGAAUGUGCCAAGCUGGGCAGCGUUGACUUCAACAGUCUGAUGCGUACUCACAGGCUGAGGUUAAUGCGAGCCUGGAAAUGA